GUAAUUAAUCUCUACGCUUCUCUCUCUGCAAUUACUCCUUGAGAGCAUCUCUCUCUUGAAUAUUGAGUAUUGCUGACUUAAGCGUCAGAGUGUUUUCCCCGAGGAAACAACCUUGGGAUUUUCAGGUGUGGAAGUAGCCAAGGACUUCAACAGUGUUGGACUGCGAAGCUGCCCAAACAUUUGGCGCCGUCUGUGGGAAACCUUGAACAAAAAGUUGUGUAACUCAACCUGCUGAAAAACAAAAUUUCUUCAGAUAUCUGUCCUAAUUUAAAAUUUGAAAAGUUCGAGAAAUCUGCUCGUAACUGAUUCAGGAUCUCUCCCGAGAUUUCGACCAGCUCGUAACAAAAUUUAAAAUUUGAAAAGUUCGAGAAACCUGCUCGUAACUAACCCACGAUCUCUCCAGAGAUUUCCAACUUGAUCAGAUCGUAACAAAUUAGAGACUUCAAGCUCGAAACUCUGUCGAGAUCAGAUCGUAACAAAUCAAAGAUUCACCUUAGUUCUAAACAUCAAACGUCAGAUCAGCUCUGCCCCUACAUAUUUAUAUUACGGUGAUGACCAAGAUCACCCACAUCAACCCGUACGGGUCAGCUGCUUCAGCUCGUUCACUAUAUGCUAGCUCGUUCAGACGAGGUCGUCUAUGCGCAUCUGCUCAGCUCGCUAAUCAGGCCGAGCUCGCCUUGCCUGACCACCCGAUUACUUGCGCCUGCUCUGCAGGAGGUCAGCAGGCGACCACUCUGGUUUCACGCCGCCCAGGUCGGCCAUGCAUGAGGUCGACCAUGAACACAAAGCAUCACUCCACAUCCUCAGUGUCAAACACCGCAUCAGCAAGACUCUCGACCGAGUAUGGAAGCAGCCAAGGACUUCAACAGUGUUGGACUGCGAAGCUGCCCAAACAACGGGGAAGAAGAAAAGCUAAGGAAAGCGGAGAGAUGGUGGAAAGGGUGGAUGUUAUUGUUAGGGUGGGCCGGGUCUUGAGUCCAAAUCCGGCCCAACCGGAAUAGGAGUGCAGGUCUUUGAUCUUCCAGUUUAGGUUACAUUCUUGAUAACCCAAGAGUAUGUAUUAAGGUUUAGAAACUGUUGUUGUUAACUUCUCUACACUUAAGAUAUAUUUACUCUAAAGUAUAUAAGAAAUAAACUAAUUUGUAGCUAAACUUGUAUGUUGGUUGAUGUUUAUGGUAUCAAUGAUGGUUGUUUAAUACAGAACCAAGAUACUU